ACUUGCUCUCUAAAAGAAAAAAAAAACAAUGCCCGCCGGCUCCGGCUCCGCCUCCACCUCCGCCGCCCCGACGCUCCUGCCGCGCUGCCGCUCCCUCGCCGCAGUCAAGCAGCUCCACGCCCAUUUGCUCUCCCACUCCACCCGCCCAUUUCCCUACAACCACUUCCUCUCCAAGCUCCUCUCCCUCCCCUCCGCCACGGCCGCCGCUACCAAUGCCGCCGCCGACUAUGCCCUCCUCCUCCUCUCUUCCCACCCGGCCCCCACCGCCUUCUCAUACAACGUCACGCUCCGCUUCUUUGCCUCCUCGCGCCCGGGCACCACCCUUGGCCUGUUCCUCCGCAUGCUCCGCUCCGGGCUCCGCCCCGACGCCUACACGCUCCCCUUCCUGCUCCUCGCUGCCGCGCGCAGCCCAUCCCCGCCGCUCGCUCGCUCCGCCCACGCGCUUCUUGAGAAGCUUGGGCUCAGGGACCACGACCACACCGCCCACUCCCUCGUCACCAUGUACUCCUACCUCGGUGAUCAUCUUGCCGCGCGCAGGGUGUUUGACGGAAUUCCCCGCCGGGACGUUGUCUCAUGGAACUCUAUGAUCAAGGCAUACGAGCGGGCAGGGAUGGUGGCUGAGGUGGAAGGGAUGUUCCGGUCGAUGGUUGCAGAGGGUACGGUGGCGCCCAACGGGGUGACAGUGGCAGUUGUGCUCACGGCGUGCAGGGAUGCCGGGAACAUGGUUCUAGGGAGGUGGGUGGAGGAGUGGGUGAGAUCUGCGGGGAUGGAGGUGGACUCGCUCAUUGGCUCGGCGCUUGUGGGGAUGUAUGAGAAGUGUGGAGAGAUGGCAGAGGCUAGGCGCGUGUUUGAUGGCAUCAUUGACAAGGAUGUUGUGACGUGGAAUGCCAUGAUCACCGGGUAUGCGCAAAAUGGCAUGUCAAAUGAAGCUAUUGCAUUGUUUCAUAGCAUGAGGGAAGUGGGGAUGCGUCCAGACAAGAUAACCUUGGUUGGAGUCCUUACAUCCUGCGCUGCAGUUGGUGCUCUGGAGCUAGGGGCUGAACUGGAUAGGUACGCCUCAAUUAGAGGCCUCUACAACAAUGUCUAUGUGGGAACAGCCUUAGUGGACAUGUACGCUAAGUGUGGAGAUCUUGAUAAAGCCAUACAAGUCUUCAGAAGUAUACCAUGCAAAAAUGAAGCCUCAUGGAAUGCCUUAAUCUGUGGGCUUGCCUUUAAUGGUCGAGGCCACGAUGCCAUUCAGCAGUUUGAACUGAUGAUAAAUGAGAUAGGGCUCCAGCCAGAUGAUAUUACAUUCAUAGGAGUGCUUUCUGCUUGUGUGCAUGCAGGGCUACUUGAAUAUGGUCGGCAUUUGUUCAAUUCCUUGACACCUGUGUUUAAAAUCAUUCCCAAGAUUGAGCACUACUCCUGCAUGGUUGAUUUAUUGGCACGUGCUGGGCAUUUGGAAGAAGCAUGGAAUUUUUCUGAGAAAAUCCCUGGAAAGGCAGAUGCUGUGAUGUUGGGCGCUUUGCUUGCUGCUUGUCGGAAAUGCAGAAAUGUUGAGGUUGGUGAGAGGGUCAUCAAUAGGAUUAUAGAGCUGGAGCCAUCAAACUCCUGGAACUAUGUGGUGUCAUCCAAGAUAUACGCAACCUCGGAUAGAAUGGAUGACUCUGCAAAGAUGAUAGGGUUAAUGAGGGAGAGGGGUGUCAGCAAGACUCCAGGUUGCAGCUGGGUUGAGGUUAAAGGCAAAGUCCUUGAGUUCUAUGCAAGCACUGAACUACAACAUGGUGCGGAAGAUAUGUAUCAACUCAUGGCCAUACUGGUAGAUGAGAUGAGACUUGAGGGAUAUGCUCCAAACCUUGAUCUGGUGUAGCAAUGCAACAGAAGUGUUGCCUCUUCUUGAAGCGAAUGGAAGGAUCUCUAAUUUAUUCUGAAAGGAGAAAGUCAGAGUGGAGAUUAUGAAAUGGAAGAAACGGAAGUGGAUACUAUGUUUUUUGAGCUUGGUUGGACAAUGAUGCUUCGAACAGGGCUUUCUCCUUCUGAAGCUUUUGUGAAUUCCGGGCCUGCUGUCUAUAUAAACUCCACAGGACUAAAUCCAAUCAUGGUUCUGCCAUCUUUUCAAAACACUCCUCCUUUUGGAAUUUCGAACAUACCAGUUCUGGGAGGAGUUUCUGGUGCUUUUGGUAUAGUUGAUCCUUUCGGUCAUCUGGUUUCAGAGAUCCUUUUCGGAAUAUUACUGUUCAGAGUAGCGUGGUUUAUCUGCAGAUCUGCUGGUAUCACCACCACUUCUGAAGGGGCUAUCAACGGGAACUGCCAAGACGAAGUAACCCACCAGGUCACCCAGCUGGAACUUGUGGAUUGCCAACACGAACUGUUGUUGCAGCUAUUCCAGCACGGUCCUCAGUGGAGGCGCCAAACCAUGUCCUAAGUGUUUUCCUGCCUGUUCAAGUGAGGGGUCAAGUUGCCGUACCUAACCAGUCAGCCUCCUUUCAAGGUUCUCAGACAGCAGGGGGCAAUGGAGCUCAACGAAAUUCUUCCAUUAAUGUUUAGUAAUCUUAAAAAGUUGUUAUGAAACACCUGCCGUUCCACAAAUAAUGUUUAGUAAUCAUAAAAAGUUGUUAAAUAAUGUGCUUUUUGAUAUUUGUGGAACAACAUUGUUACUUUA